AUGGUGAAACGCACUAAAACACCUGAACCAGGCGAAUACCUGUCUAAGGAAUUUGAUUAUACCAAGCUUACAAAGGAUCAACUGAGAAAAAUACUGUCUGAGCAGGGUGUUACAGUCAUGGAAAACAAGCUGAAAACAGAGCUUUUGCAAAUGUACAAGAAUACGAUACACGAUAAGAUUGAUGAAAUAAAGAAAAAGAUGGGAAAUGUAAAGGCUGAUAGCAAGGGUAUUGAGGUGGUGGAGAGCGAUGCUAACAAUUUCUCUACAGAAAAUCCGUUUCAGUCACCGAAAAAAAAUGAAAAAAAGGAGGGAGAUUUGGGCAGAAGAACACCAGUAAGAAACUUGAAUGUGGAAAAAGAAUCAGAUUUUCGUACGCCAGCAAGGAUACGCAACAUUUAUAACUCCUUUGAUGUGCCAAAGGCUGCGAGUGAAAGAAAAGCGCGAAGAGUAAGUCUUGUCGGUAGUGAAACAGUAAAUGAAGAGCGAGAUUCGAGCCUGUUGUAUCGCACAGCCAAGGAAAGUAUAAAAAGACACCUUGAUAGACAAGGUCUAUCGCAUGCUCAGGAUAAAACACCCACAAAAUCGCCGGUACGAGGCGUUCAUAAGACACUAUUCUCACCUAGUGAUGUGAGACAGCCUGUAAGUGUUCGAGAAAGAUCGAGAGGUCACAGUUUGAGGAUAUUUUCUGUGAUAUUUUUACCUCUCUUCGCAGUUUUUUUCUUUUAUUUGAAAUGUUUGGUGCCUUACUGCACCGAUGGUAAGAAGUGUUGUAUAAGACUGCCAAAAAACACAUUUUUAGACGAAAAGGGGCAACUCAGAUGCUCCAGGGGAUACAUGCUGCAGAAAAACCUUUUGUUCCCAAAUAAAGCUGUCAGAGACAUUUCGCAGAGCGACAAUCCUGACGAGAUCGUACGUUAUCUGCGGAAAACCAGCACUGAAUUUUAUUACGGCCUGAGACGUAGUAAACUGAUCAAGCUCAGCAUUAACGAAGAACUGAAGAGGCGGAUCUUAGGGUAUGGGGAUGUUAGAACCACUGACAAUUUGAUGUUCUUCUCGAAGAAACGAAUAUUUUCGCCAUCUAUUCUAAUCAAAUCGUUGUAUAACAGACAUUUUUAUACCAUGGUGUUUGCAGUUUUCGCUAUCGUGGUGAUAUUCUACGUCAUUAAUUUUUAUAAACAACUGAGGAUAAAAGGCAAUUACGACAAGGUUGUCGACAUGUUGAGGUUGCAGAAAAAGAACAGCACACGAUUUCAGGUAAAUCCCUUUUUGUUCGAAGAACAGAUAGUGGGGCACUCGGGUUUGCAGCCGCAAGAUUUUCUGAAUGUAAAAAGGCUCCUGGAAAUGAACACGAACGUAACGAUAUUUAAUAUGUCGGUGAGUGGGCGAAGUGCGAAAGCGUAUGAAUGGUUGGGCGAGAUUGGUACGUCGUAAAUAAAGCUGCUUUAUAUCCACCA